AUGCGUGCGCCGGCCGGCCGCGGCGGCGGCUCGAUCGCGUCGACCGCCGACGGCGGACCCGGCUCGCGGGGCCCCGGGGGCGACGGCCCGGGCGCGCCGGGGUCGUCGUUCGCCGCCGCCGGCGCCGCGCCGCGCGUCGACGGCGGCGUCGUCGCCGCCCUCGAGGCGUCGGUCGCGUACGACGCGUUCGCCGCGGCGCUCGACGACGUCGCCGCCGCCGCGGUCUGCGCCGCGGCGGCCCUCGACGUCGGCGGCGUUUCGCUCGCCGUCGUCGCCGUCGGCCCCGCGAUCCUCGGCGACGUCGUCGUCCGCAUGGCCGCGACGUGGCUCGGCGGCGCGGCGGCGCCGGCGUGGACGCUUCCGGCGGAAGCGGUUCCGCUUCCGCUGUGGGGCCCGCCGGGCCGCUGCCCCGUCGCCGCCGCGAGCGCGGCCGCGGCGUCGCGCGAGCGCGCGGCCGCCGACGACGUGCUCCGCGCCACGCCGUCGCGCGACCCGGGCGCCUACGUGCGCGCCGCGGCGGACAUCGCGGAAGCGGCCGUCGUCCGCGGCGCCGCGCGCCGCGUCGCGGCCGUCGCCGGCGCCGGCGGCCGGUCCCUCGCGAGCCCCGCGGUGCUCGCGGCGACGGCGGGCGCGGCCCAGGCGGCCUUGGCCCGCGAGCCCGCCUGGGCCAAGUUCGCGGGCGCCGCGUCCGACUUCUUUUCGCUCGCGAACCGUUGCGACGCCGCGGCCGCGGUCAUGCGGCCCUCGAGCCGCGCCUGGGAGCGCGCGCUCGGCGGCGUCUCGGCCGAGCGCGCCGUGGCGCCCGCCGAGCGCAUCGCCGCGCCCGAGCGCGCCGCGGCGCCCGCGGAGCGCGCCGCCGCGCCCGCGGAGGGCGCGCCCGGCUCGCUCGUCCUCACCGCGAGGCUCGACGCUCGCGGCCGCGUCGUCGUCCGCGGCGCGGGCCGCGGCGGCGGCAUCCGGGCCGCGCGCGAGGCGCCCGCGGCGCCCGCCGUGAGCCCGGCCGGUUCCGACGGCGCCGAUCGCGGCCGCGGCGGCCCGGCGGCCGCGCUGGCCGCGCCCAAGUGGUCCUGCGUCGCGUGCACGUUCAAGAACCUGCCGUUGGACUCGACGUGCGACGUCUGCGACGAGCCGCGGCCCGGCGCCGCGCCGCCGACGCGGAGCGGGGACGACGUCGCGCCGGGCUCGCGGCGCGGCCGGUCCGCGUCGCCGCCGCCGCCCGAGCCCAAGCGCCGCGCCGUCGCGGCGGUCCCGCAGCGCCGCGCCGUCGCGGCGGUCCCGCCGUCGACGCGGACGACCCGUUCCGCGACGCGCGCGGCGGCGCCCGCGCCCGCGCCCGCGCCGCCGCUGCCCGUCUCGCCGCCGGCCGCGCCGCCGCCGCCGGCCGUCGCGCCGCCGCCGGCCGUCGCGCCGCCGCCGGCCGUCGCGCCGCCGCGGCCGCCGACGCCCGGGAAGAACCGCGCGAACGUCCCGGUCGUCCCGAAAGAGUCGGCGCAGUUCCCCGCGAAGCUCCGCGAGAUCCUCGAGGAGCCGCGCCACGCGCUCGUCGUCGCCUGGCGCGCGGAGACGCAGUCCUUCCGCGUCCUCGACAAGCGGGCCUUCUGCGAGCGGGUGCUGCCGGCGUACUUCAAGCUCAAGACGCCCGCGGCCGACGGCGACGGCCCGAAGAAGAUGUUCGCCUCCUUCGUCCGCCAGCUGAGCUACUACGGCUUCCACAAGAUGGCCCGCGACGUCGACGAGUGGCGCGUCGUCGACGACGCCACGAUCACGUCGCCCGGCGACUUCUCCCGCCUCAAACGCCACCUCCCGGCCUCGCGCGCCGCCAACCGCCUCUGA